AGCUUAUCGAGACUGGCAGGAGGUCGCCGCGGCGCCCGCUUUUCAAGUUGGCGGCUCCCUCGGGUGUAUCUUCGCGGGCGUCGAGUCCGCAGGGCACUUAGCCACGGUCCUCGGGUGGCGCUCUCAGCUGCCGUCACAGGCGACAUGAGUGCCGCGGGGCUGUUGGCUCCGGCUCCGGCCCCGGCUGGAGCGCCGCCGGCUCCGGAGUAUUACCCCGAAGAAGACGAAGAGCUGGAGAGCGCAGAGGACGACGAGCGCAGCUGCCGGGGCCGCGAGUCGGAUGAAGACACUGAGGAUGCUAGCGAAACUGACCUGGCAAAGCAUGAUGAAGAAGAUUACGUAGAAAUGAAGGAACAGAUGUAUCAGGAUAAACUGGCUUCUCUCAAGAGACAGUUGCAACAGCUGCAGGAAGGUACAUUACAGGAAUAUCAGAAGAGGAUGAAAAAACUAGAUCAGCAGUACAAAGAGAGGAUACGAAAUGCAGAACUCUUCCUCCAGCUGGAAACUGAACAAGUGGAAAGAAAUUACAUUAAAGAAAAGAAGGCAGCAGUAAAAGAAUUUGAAGACAAGAAAGUUGAGCUGAAAGAGAACCUGAUUGCCGAGCUAGAAGAGAAGAAGAAAAUGAUUGAAAAUGAAAAGCUAACGAUGGAACUGACUGGAGAUUCCAUGGAAGUGAAACCCAUCAUGACCAGAAAGUUGCGGAGGCGACCAAAUGAUCCUGUCCCCAUUCCAGACAAGAGGAGAAAACCUGCUCCUGCCCAGCUCAACUAUUUGUUAACAGACGAACAGAUCAUGGAGGAUCUGAGAACGUUAAAUAAGCUUAAGUCACCCAAGAGACCAGCCUCCCCGUCCUCUCCUGAACACUUGCCUGCCACACCUGCUGAGUCUCCAGCCCAGAGGUUUGAAGCCCGGAUAGAAGAUGGCAAAUUAUACUAUGAUAAAAGAUGGUACCACAAGAGCCAGGCCAUCUACCUGGAGUCAAAGGACAACCAGAAACUGAGCUGUGUGAUCAGCUCUGUUGGAGCCAAUGAGAUCUGGGUGAGAAAGACAAGUGACAGCACGAAGAUGAGGAUUUACUUGGGCCAGCUUCAGCGUGGGCUCUUUGUGAUCCGCCGGAGGUCAGCGGCCUGACUUUCUACAGUGCUCUCCUUCCCUUGACCUUUUUUCUGGAGUGGUUUUUGGUUUUUGGUUUUGUUUUGUUUUCUUCUUAAUAGAAAGUUUUUAACUUGGGAGUUGCUCCUUGGCCUUGGAAAAUGGAGAACACUGUUGUGGAUUCUGCAAGGCACUUUCGUGGCCAGUCACUUCCAUCUUUGUUUCAUCCUUUAACUGCCUCGACUUCUUCCAGCCAGGAGUCACCACGAGAUGAUUUUACUUUCUGGAGUAUUGGGAGUUUGACUUACUUGUUUAAUUUUUUUGCUUUGUGUAUGUGGGGGUUUUUUUCCCCCAAAACGUCCUUUGAGUUUGAAGGGACAUUUCUUUUCAUUAAUUAUCUUUAAGUCUUUCUACCAAGAAGAGGAGCAGGAAGGGAAACACUCUACAAUGCAUUUUCAUGUUUUGAAUCUGAUUAGUGGAUCACAUAGCUACUUCCCUUGUUGAGCCCAAUUCACUGUUUCCCCAGAAGCUUAGGGGAGAGGUCCUAGCAGAAGGAGAUUAAUUCUCCUGGCUCUCAGCCUUCUCAGAGAGAAAUAAACACCUUGUGUAACAUCUGGCGCAUGCCAUCCUCUCCACUGACUGAACGACGGAAACAUUUGCCUGGGGGACUGCGUGCACUGAAGUAAUUGGGGCUGGGGGAAGGGGGUGUUUCAUAUUCAUAAUGUGCUGAAGAUACUAUAUUUUAAAUGUUAUUUAGUGCAAGUGGUUUAUUCACACAGUUGUUCGAGCUCAAGCUGGAACAAGAAGUGGUCAUGUCAGACGGUUUCCUUUGUAAUUCAUUUCCUCUGCUCCCAAGUAGGUGAAGUGGUACCUGCCACAGGCUGGUUAUCUGGGUUACCUAUCGAAGGUGGGGAGGCGAGGUUGACAGUGCAAUAACCAGUCAUCUACAGUCUCUGACUCAUCAUUCAAAUUGCGCUUUCGUCACUGAUGCCGUUAUUGCACAUUGGCCAUGUCAAACCAAUGGAAGCUCGUCGGCACUCGCAGCCUCCAGAUCUCCCAGGGGGCCUGGCCCAGGGCGGAGACGGGAGGCUCUGCCGUGGCUGCCACCAGACCUGCACUCUUACUGACAAAUUCUGAUGAAACAGCCUCCCCUGUACUCCCUACUUCCUUUCCCUCGUUCCUACAACUAGAAAAAUGAUCAUUGGGUGAUGGGUUUUUUUAUAUGCUAGUUGCCACCUUAUGAUGUUUAUUAAGUUUUGGGAGUUAGAGUAAAUGUUAGCAUCUCUGUGGGCAAGACUUCAUACAUCCUAGGAAAUCUUUGUAAAUAACUCCCUUGGUCUCACGUGAUUCCCUUCGUGCUGUCUCUUGAUGUGCACACCCCAAAGCAAGUCAUGGGGCUGUGAUGACAAGUCAGUCACCUCCAAAGUCCUGGCUUCCACAGAGACCAAACCUUACAGACUCAGAGUAAAGACUUGUACAGAUAUAUUUUUGUUUUAAUUUAAAAUCUUUUUCUUCCCCUCUUUCUCUCUCUCUUGGUGUUGGAGUCUCAUUUGAAAACAGGAUAAAUGAUGCUGUUCAUCAAAAAUUGCCUGGGCCUUUGUGUGUUUCCUCUGCCCCCAGCCCCCCUUUAUUAGGAUGUUCACUACAGUGAACCAAGUCCACAGUAAACAGGGACUUCACCUCUUGUUUCUUCUUGGUGGCCUUCGCUGUUUGGGUGAUCUCUCUUGCUUGAAUUGCCAUUGUGGUAUGUGUAGCAUCACAUAAUAUCAAGUAGCUAUUGGUUCUCAUCUAGUGCCCUGUGAUGGAAGUUAUUUAGAUAUAUUUAGUGUAUGUUGCCACUGAAGAUUAUUUUUUCUUUCUUUCUUUCUUUCUUUCUUUUUUUUUUUUGUCUUCCUAAAGUACACCAAAGUUUUGUUUUGUUUUGUUUUGGUGAAAGGAUUAUUUUGAUAAUACUUGAGGGUUUAGCAUUGAGGCAGCAAGUUGCGUUUUUUCCUUGCCUUGUCUGAUGGCGCCUCUGUGCUUUCAUGAAGUAACUUUAUUUGAAGACCAGGGUCUGGCAUUUCGGCCUCUUCUCCUCUGUAAAUUUGAGGGUGUUUGAGGCCACGGUUAGGCAUGCUCUCCGUCCCAUCACUGCCUUCUGUGCUUCAGUGUCGUCGCAGCUCUUAAAAUCAUGAGAUCUGGUGAAAAUGGAGGAAAAUGUGAUGUAGAUGCAAGGCACAGCACAGUAAAUUAUAUUCCUGACCCCAGGUAUUUGUUAAUUUUUUUAACUUAAUUACUCCAGAGAAGAAAAACUCAGCAUUUCAACCACCCAGGCCCCUGUAGUGACCAGGGGUGGAAGAGCCCCCUCGUUAGGAGGUGGGGGAACUUUUGUGAUGGGCAAAGUGAACUAGAGAGGGAAACAGACUUUCUGAUUCCUAGAAUAAGGGGGCCGGCUGUUAGCCCAGGUGGCUGUUCUUAUUCCAAAAGGUCUGUCUCUCACUAGAUGAAUUCCCAAAUUCAAACUAUUUCCUGUAAGUGGUACUUUGAUAAAAAUUGGUCCAGACAGUUCUCAUCAUGAACCUGUAUGUGUGUGAUUCUGAUCAAGAACUUAUAUGUGUGUUACUCUGAUCAAGAACCUUGUAUGUGUGUUAACUCUGAUCAAGAAGCUGCAUGCGUGUUUGGCUCAAGGCAUCUGCCUCAAGUACACAGUGUUUGCUAUUGAUGUGUCCCAGUAUUUAUUUUACCUCUUCUUGGAGGUUUUGUGUAUUUCCCUAACUCCCUCUCUUCCUCAGCCAGUGUCCUCUUGAACAGUUUCCAUUUUUCUGUAGCCAAGCCAAAGCCAGGAUAUUUUUAUUUGUCUGGAUACUAGUAUUUAUGGAUGUUUAACUACCUAAUGUAGCUUAGUUAAAAAACAACAACAACAACAACAACAAACUUCUGACUGGGGCCGCUGUGAGAUCCCAGAGGCUGACCUGCAAAUCAAGCUACUUACAUUUGUGUGGGAGACCCUGUGUUCCGGAUUGGGUGACUUUUCUAAGAGAAACAUGGGGGAGGGUUGGUUGCAUUUUUUAAUCUAACUUGGGGGGAAAAGCCUAUUUUUUACAAUAUUGUUGGUUUUGUUUUUCUAUUAUCAUUUCCUUUACCCUUGAAUUUUUACUAAAUUUCCCCCUGAUUUAAAAAUCUUGUUUCUAAUCUGGGAAUUUGAAAUCUUGGUACUUACUGUUACACCAAUUUUUCCGGAGUGCAAACCACUUUAAUAUCAGAACACGGUAAAAAAAAAGAAAAAAAAUUGCAGCCAUUUCAAGCAGUUGGUGGGCUUUUUAUACAAUAACAUCAUUAACUGGUACCAUUAAAUGUUCUGAGAGGUGAAUGUAAAAUGUAAAAAGUACAGCUUUUUUUAAAAAAAA